AUGGCUAAAGUUCGAACAUUGCUUGAUUUUUUGAAUGAAAAAUUCUUCAUGUAUGCACCUAUAGAAAAAAGUUGCAGUAUAGACGAGUCAAUGAUCCCAUAUUAUGGCCGCCAUGGAUGCAAGCAGCAUAUACAUGGCAAGCCCAUACGGUUCGGAUUCAAAGCUUGGACGGCUGCUACACGACUAGGGUACUGUCUUCAUGCAGAUUUAUAUGAGGGAAAAUCUGAACAACGAUCCACUGGACUUGGAGAACACGUAGUUACUAAGAUGAUGGAAGCCAUGAAAAAAGAAUAUCCUGAAACCCAAUUUUCAGUUUUUUGUGACAAUUUUUUUACCUCACCAACUCUUAUAAGCAAUUUGCAGGACAAGAACAUCAAGGUAACAGGCACUGUGCGCCAAAAUAGGAUUGAUAAAUGUCCGUUAAUGGAUGUCAAGUCUGUCAAAAAAGAAGCAAAGAGGCUAUUACGACUACCGUUUGGACACUAA